CCUCUCCGCCGGGCCGCCCUCGCUGGGUGCAAUGUUUUGCUGGACCGCGGGCCGGGCCCUCCGGGCUGUGGUGCUGUUGCAGCCGCCCGCCCGGGCAGCGCCGCUCACGGCCCGGGGACCGGCCGCCUGCUACGGUACUUCAAUAACAUCUGCCAAAAUCCAAGUGAAUGGAGUCCACUUGCAUUAUCAGCAAACAGGAGAAGGAAGUCAUGCAGUUCUUCUGCUUCCAGGAAUGCUAGGGAGUGGUCAAACUGAUUUUGGACCACAGCUUAAGUCAAUGAAUAAGCAACUUUUCACAAUUGUUGCUUGGGAUCCUCGGGGAUAUGGAAAGUCCAUUCCUCCAUCUCGAGACUUUCCUCCAGACUUCUUUGAGAGGGAUGCAAAAGAUGCUGUGGAUCUUAUGCAGGCACUAAAGUUUAAGAAGUUCUCCUUGCUGGGGUGGAGUGAUGGUGGAAUUACAGCACUCAUUGCUGCUGCGAGGUACCCAAAUCUUAUCCACAAGUUGGUUGUCUGGGGAGCAAAUGCCAGCGUUACUCAAGAGGAUAUAAGAAUUUACAAUGGCAUCCGAGAUGUUUCAAAAUGGAGUGAAAAGGUCAAGAAACCACUGGAAGAGCUGUAUGGACAUAAGUACUUUGCAGAAACCUGUGAGGCUUGGGUAGAUGGAAUAUCGCAGUUUGCUGAAAAUUCAGAUGGUAAUAUCUGCCAACAGUUGCUGCCAGAUAUUAAAUGUCCCACAUUUAUAAUUCAUGGUGAGAAAGACCCUUUGGUCCCACAAGCUCAUGCAGAAUACAUUCAUAAGCACAUCAAAGGCUCUCGGUUGCUUCUGAUGCCAGAAGGAAAGCAUAACUUACACUUGCGUUUUGCAAAGGACUUCAACAGAGAAGUGGAAAAUUUCCUACGCUGACACAAACUGUAAAACAAGCCAGAGGUGCUUAGCCAUUGCCUUGUUUAGGAAUUUAGGUUGGCUUUCUAUUUUCAAUGCAGUUAUAGGUAGGUUUGAGUCCUGUAAGAAAAACAUUAAACCUAUUAGCAUUAGAUGCAAACAUCUUAAGGACACGUAAGCUUCAGUGAUCAGGGCAUACCACUGUAGUGCAAGAUUUCUGACACGCCUUUAAACUUACUUGUUGCCACCCAGGCUGAACAGCUGUUCUUUGUCCAAUAGAGUUGUUAAGAAAGAUAGAAACCAUGGUCUUGAAUACAUGCCUUUAUGUGCUCUUAAUAUUAAAGGACAAAAAACAU